AUGGAUUUAUUUAAAGUAGAUAGUGCUGAUAUCAAUUUAACAUUUGAUAUAACUUUUUCUUGUAUUUUAAAUAAUGAUUUUUAUAUUUGUUCAAAAGAUGGUCGUAUAUAUAAAUAUCAAAUAAAAAUAAAUAGAGAAAAAUCGAAUAUUGAAUUGAAAUAUGAGGAAAAUUAUUUAAUUAAAAGCAAUAAAACAAUAAGUAAAAUUGUAAUAAAUGAAAAUGAAUCUGUAGUUAUAAUUUUGAUAGAUGAUUUUCUUUAUUUUGUCAAAAAUUUUAAUUUUCAAAUACUAAAUUUAAUUAGUAAAAAUGUCACCUCAUUUUAUAUUAAUGAGAGUAAUAAGUCAGACUUAUUAAUAUUUACUAAAAAGAAGAUGCAAUUUUAUAAAUAUGAUAAUGAAACUUAUAUAGUAUUUAAAGAAAUGUAUUUUUCUGAUAAUAUAUUAUCCAUAUUAUGGGUUGAGCACUCAUUAUUUUUAACCUUAAAUAAAAAGUAUUAUUUACUCAAUUUAAAAAAUAAUGAAAAAGUUCUUUUGUAUAAUCAUGAAUAUGAUCAAAUAUACAAAUAUAUAACAUUAAUAAAUAUGAAUGAAAUAUUUAUUGUUUGCGAUUUAUAUAUAGGGGUAUUUUAUGAUAUAAGUACCUCCAUGCCGUCUAAAAAAAAUACAAUAACUUUAUCAGAUAAUAUUAAGCACAUAACUGCUUUUCAUUUUUUUUUAUGUUGUUUAAAUUCAAAAGGAAUAAUGGAUUUUUAUAAUAUAAAUAAUCAGCAGCAUGUUCAAUCAGUAGACUUAAAUGACUACUUAGACAUUGUUAUUAAUUAUAGUUAUGUAAGUCACAAUUUAUUUUCCAUAUUUGAUUUUUCUAAAAGUAAUGAAGAAAAAAGCAAUAACAAUUUCGUAAAAGAAAAUAUAGAAAAAAAAUUUAAAUUAGAAAAAUUUGAUGAUAACAAUUAUGAAAAAAAUGAAUUAGAUGACUUGAAUAUACUACCAAAUACAAAAACUUAUAAUUUUUUGCAAAAUAAUAUUUAUUUGAUAAAUAACAAAAGAUUAAAAGUUAUAUGUUGCAUUGAAUUAUAUAAAUAUUUAUAUAAAUGUAUUGAACAAAAAAAAAUAGACAAAGGUUUUUUAUUGAUUGAAAAUUAUAAUUUUGAAAAUGAAUCGCAUCGAGAAAAUAUUUUAAGUGAAUAUAAUAAAGCAUGUGGUUAUUAUUAUUUCAAAAAUUUAAAUUUUUCUAUAGCAUUUCUACAUUUUGAAAAGACAUAUAUCAAUAUUUUUUUUUUAUUGUUUUUUUGGUUUAAUGAUUUUAAUGAAGAGCAUAAAAGAAAAAUAAAAAAUGAGGAAAAAAAAAAAAUUGAAGAAAAUAUAAAUAAUAAUUUUAAAUUAUUUUUGCCAUCAUUAUGUACUAUAGAAGAAUUAAUAGAUCAUAAUUAUUUAAAUUACAUUAAUGAAAAAAGUGAUUUUUCUGUUAAAGAAGAAAAUAAAAAUAAUAAUUUAUUUAAUGAAAUAAGUAAAACAAAAGAAAAAAUAUUAUAUAUUGCAAAUAAUUGUUUAAUUAAAUAUUUACUAUCUAAAAGAGAUUAUAUUUAUGAAAAUAAAGAAAAUAUAAAAAUAUGUAUUAAUAAUUCAGAAAAUCAAAAAGAUACAACAUAUAAGGAAAAUGAUUAUUAUUUAUAUACUCAUGAUUUAAUUGAUAAUAUUUUACUGAAAUUGAUGAUUAAAAAUAAUUACAUUAAUUAUUCUAGUUUUAUUAUGAAAACUAUUAAUUUAAAUUUAAAUGUUGAUGAAUGUGUUGAUUUUUUGCGAAGUAGAUAUAAAUUUAUCGAAAUUGUUUUAAUUUAUAUACGAUUUGAAUAUUAUGAAAAAGCUAUAGAAAUGUGUUUAUUCAUACUUCAAUAUUAUAAUAGAAAAAAUAAUGAGAUAACUGAAGAAAAUUUUAAAAAUGAUGUAUCAAAUGUAAAUGAAUAUGUAAACAAAAGUGUGAAUAAUAUAGAAUUGGAAAAUAAAGAAAAUGAUAAAUAUUUAUAUUGGAUUAAUUAUUUAGAAAAACAAAAUUUCAAGAGUAAAAUAGAUAAAAAUAAUUCGUUAAAUUGCAUUUUAAGAGAAAUAUAUAAUGUAAUAAUUAUUUUAAAUGAUAAUGUGCACAUAAUAAAUGUGGAACAAAGCAAAAUAAAAAAAUUAUUUGAAUACUCUUUUCAAUUUUUAAUUAAAUAUAAUGAAAAUUUAUUUUUUGAUUUUAUAAUAAAUAAAAAUUUUUUAUUACGCCCUGAUGAGAUAUUGAAUAUAUUUAAAAAAUUAGAAAAAAAUAGAUCAAACAUAAAAAUUAAAUAUUAUAUGCAAAAGUAUGUUACAAGUUAUUUAAAAUAUGAUAAAUACAAUAAUAAUAUUAAUACUGCUUUAGCUGAAUCAUAUAUAAAUGACACAGAAAAAAGUAUAUUUUACAGAAAAAAAAAACUACUGAAAAUUCUUUAUUCUAAUUAUCCUAUUGAUACCAAUUAUUUAAUUCAAAUAAUCAAAGAUCCUCAAUUAAAUCUAGUUAAGGCUAUAUUACUUGGAAAAAUACACAGACAUUAUGAUAGCCUUGCAAUUUUAUCAGAAGAGGGAUUUCAAAUAUGUGAAAAAUAUUGCCAUUAUUAUAAUUUUUUAUUAAAAAAAUUUUUUAAAAGAAUUAGUGAAGAAAAUUAUGAGAAAAUUUUUUUUAGUAUAUAUAAUAAUGACAGAAAUAUAUAUUAUGAAUUACUAAAAAAUAAUGGAGAAAUAAAACUCGAAUCACCUACACAUUUUUUAAAAAAAAAAAAUAAAAAAGUAAACAAAAAUUUUAUUAAGGAAAUAACUAUGGAAUAUCACAAAUAUAGUUACAUUAGUAUGAAUAAAAGUAUCAUGAAAAAAAUGAAAGAAAAAAAAAAUAGGAACGAUAAAGAAAAAGAAAAUGAAAAGGAAGAAGAAGCAAAAAAAGAUGAAUUUGAUUACAUGUCACGUCUAAUUAAAGAAGAAGAAAGUAAUUCAAGCGAUGAUAUAACAAAUUUUAAUGAAGAUUAUUUCAUUGAUAAUUAUUCAUAUGAUUCCUUUGAAGAAACGAGUUCUGAUAUUUCCUCUAAUUCAUUAUCAGAUUUCAGUGAUGACAACAAUAUACCUAAUUUAAAUAUCAGUGAAAACGAAACUAAAAAGAAAAAAGGAAUAAAAAAACAGAAAAAAAACACAUACGAAAAGUUAUAUGGUGAUAAACACAAAAACAAAGAGAUAGAUUUAUUAAAUUAUUUCAAAGUAUAUAGAAACUCUAAAAAUCGUUCAGGAGGAUUUUUCUUUUUACUUGUUAAGGUUUAUAUGGAUAAAUAUAUCAAAUUAAAAUUUAAUGAUGAAAAAAAAAAGCAAUAUAAAAAAAAUAUUCUCUAUAUAUUAAAUAAAUACUCAAAUCAUGAUGACUUUGAUAAUAUAUAUAUAUUUAAAUUAAUACCAGAAGAGUGGAAAAUUUCAGAAAUAUCAAAUUUUUUAAACUUCAAUUUGAAAAAAAAAAUGAAUAUUAAUAUGAAUUUACAAAUCUAUCAUAAUUUAAUAAAAAGUCAUUAUUUAAACAUUUCUUAUGAUUUAAUAAAAAAAAAAGAAGAAAGAAUUCUAAUUAAAGAUAAAAUAAUAUGUAAUGUGUGUAACACACCAAUAGUUGAGAAAAGUUUUGCUUAUUUUUCAGAGAAAUUAAUAAUUCACACUUACUGUUUAGAAAAAUAUGAUGAAGAAAAUUAUAAUUGA